CUAGAAAAGCCUGGGGGAAACCCCAGCCAGACCGGACCAAGCGAUCAUUCAAUUCCGCCGCCCGGCGCCGACGCUGCAGCUGCGCCGAAGAGCCGGGAGUCGCCAACAGUUUUAAACGGUGGCGUUAGCGGGGCUUGUGUCUGCGUUGCUCUACAGCGUUAAAAAAAACAAAACCACACUGACUUUCAAAGUCGUGCGUUUUUACGCCAUGCUGGAGGGUGGCGGCAAGGUGCUGAAGGAGGGGUUGCUGGAGAAGCGGAGCGACGGCUUACUUCAGCUGUGGAAGAAGAAACGCUGCGUCCUCACAGAGGAGGGUCUCCGGCUCCACCACCCCAAGCAGCAUGACGACCCGCGCCCCCAGCAGCAGCAGGUCACUGAGCCGCGCAAAGUCAAGGAGCUCCCCUUCUCGAACAUGAAGACUGUGGACUGCGUCGAGAGGAAGGACAAGUACGUCUACUUCACGGUGGUCAUGAUCGAGGGCAAGGAGAUCGAUUUCAGGUGUCCGCAGGACGACGGCUGGAAUGCCGAGAUAACCCUGCAGAUGGUCCAGUACAAGAACAAGCAGGCGAUCCUUGCCGUCAAGUCUACGAGGCAGAAACAGCAGUUGCUGGUGCAGCAAAAAAUGAUCAGGAACUCACAGAGCGUGGAGUGACUUUAGCCUGGAUGCCGGAAUAGCUGCGGUUAAUGGGAUGCGCAGCAAAGAAUCGAUGUCGCCGCCCGGUAUUUGACUAACAAAGGGUGCAAAGAGUCUCACUGACCGCUUCUCGCUCCCAACAACGUGCAUCUCCAGGAAUUCCCGUCUUUUCUUCAAAGUCUUUAACAAAAUGCAUCAUAUCAAGUUUAUCUAAUUCAUUAGCUUGUGGUAUUAUAUUUAUUAAUCGCAUAUGUUGUCUUAGGCUUUACAUUCGUUAAUGUAAGAAUGUUGUUGCUGAGUAAUUAAACAGAAAUUGCAUUAUGUACAUAAAAGGAAUAUAUUUAUGGUAUGCUAACGGCACAAUGAAAUAUAUUCAAAAUAAUUUAAGUGUGCAGCACAGAUCGCUCUAAGAAAGUUUAAACUGACGCCCGUUUUGAUGUCAUAAGUGGAUUUCUUCUCUAACUGCUAUCAAUGCCAGUCUUUUAACCCCCAAAUAGUUAAUAGUACCAACCAAAGAUUUCAUUUUGAAAGCGCAGUUGAUCGUAAGAUUUACCUUGUUUUUGUCCCUCGACAAAUUAGAAAACCUGGGAAUCGAGGCAGCAUAAUUUAACUCUGACCGACUUGCACAGAUGUAUUUUUAUAAUCUGGGUCAGUAAACCCAAGGUCAUAAUUAAACAUGCUCAUUGUAUAGUAGUUGCCUUGUAUCAUGUCUCCGAAGAUGUUACUUCAUUCAUGAAUUACUGUGUUUGUGCUAAAUCUGAUUUGAAGACUAUUUUCAUACUUGAAUAUACAUUCCACUUCAAACA